UGAAGUGCUUUUGCUCCCUCAUUGGUCAGAUGCAGGCUCGUCCAGAGACACUUGAAAACCGCUGGCUGUGUAAAGUCUUUACUUUCCCCCGCCACGCGUUCCCUGUCGCACUGACGUAGCGUUAAGAAGGCAGGACGCGCAGCGCGAUUGGGAUAGAAAUGCAGCUCUCCAACGUCCCAGGUUAAUCUCUCUCCGUUUAGGAAAUUACAUCCCUACAAUCUGCUUAUUCUGUCAAGUUAUUAUCCGUGAGAAUUCGCUUUUUUCGCCAUGAGCUGCUUGGAUGUUAUGUAUCAAGUGUAUGGUCCACCACCUCAGCCUUAUUUUUCCGCAGCGUAUAGCCCUUAUCAUCACCAGAAAUUGGCAUUUUAUUCCAAAAUGCAAGAAGCGCAAGAGAGCAUCAGCGGGGGCAGCUCGUUCUCGAACCUCGCGGGUCCGACGAUAAAGGAGGAGGACUGCGCGCGCGAGAAAGAUCACCCUCCGGAGGCCGAGUACCUGAACUCGCGGUGCGUGCUCUUCACCUACUUCCAGGGGGACAUCAGCUCAGUGGUGGACGAGCACUUCAGCCGGGCCCUCAACCAGCCCACCAGCUACGUCCCCGGGUCGGUCAGCAACAAGUCCGCACGAGAUGGACCAUUCCCGAUGAGCCAGAGGAGUUUCCCUCCGUCCUUCUGGAACAGUGCGUACCAGCCCUCUUCCAUGAGCAGUGCCUUAGGAGCCUCCCACUCAGAGAUACCCUUCACUGGGGACCCUUACUCCUCUGCCUCCCUACAUAGUCACCUCCACCAUGCUACCCCAGAGCCCUGGCACCACUCACACCACCACCACCACCACCACCCCUACUCACUUGGCGGGGCCAUCGGCACCCAGGGCUCCACCUACCCUCGACCCAGCAUGCACGAGGUGUAUGGCACGCACUUUGACCCCCGCUACAGUUCUCUGCUGGUGCCCUCCGUCCGGCCGCACCGGCUCCCUCCAUCCACUGUCCAAGGGCCGAGCGCCUCAACAUGUGACAUUGGGAAGAGUGAGCCAACCAGCUCGGCCUGGACCGGGACCUUCACCGGGGCAGGGGGGGCAGACAUCAGCCAGAGCAUCGGCCUCAAUGUAGACGCAGGUCUGCAGGCCCAGGAUAAGAGCAAGGACUUGUACUGGUUUUAAAGCUCUGCUGCCCUCCAGGCCCGAGCUGGCCUCUGUGUUUCUCUGCACUGUGUGAUAUUGACAGACAUUUUCUGUAACAGAUUCUAAUCUCACUUGCAGCUCGACGCUACACCCUCUGUGGCGGAAACAUCCUCAGCUGAAAUUACGCCAUUGUGGAUACCAUCUGCUGGAAAUGCAGUGGACAAGGGAGAGAAUCUAAAACGGAGUCUCUCCUACUUAAGAGAAAGGAGGGCAGAACUUGCUGGACAGCAUGCCAGAAAUACUAAGUGGUGUGACUGACAACUUUUAUCUGGCCAAUACUGAACGCAUUCAACUCCUCCAAAGAGGACAGUUGUUGAAAAAUAAAACAAAUAUGGUGAAUGUGUGAAACUGGAACAUCAAAAAUGAGAUUUGACAAGAGCAUAGUCAGAGACUGGACAAACACUAUUUGCCAUUGUUAUUUUUCUAUCUGUGAAAGGAGAGGAGCAAGAGAGAGGAGCAUUCUCUAACAUGACUGAAGUGAGCACUGGCUAUUUGAAGCCACUUGACUCUAUCUAUAUUGCUCCCCAGCAGCUGUCAACGACAACUGUUUCAGAACUCAAUGGACACACACAAUGGUAGUGUCACUGCACAGUAUUUGACGGGGGCUCCGGACUUCAUAAAAGGAGCAUUUUGUCAUAUCUGGACCCCGACCCACAGGGAACAACUGGUUUGACUGGUGAUUUUGAGGGGGAAGGGUGGACAGGUGGUAGCAGAAGUGGACACACACAACUGUGCUAUGUAUGUAUGUCUGUGUGCGAUCUAUGGGCAGCUCUAUACAUGUGUAGGAUCUUCAUUUGAUCACCCUGUUGCAGGAUAACUUUUUUCUAACUUGUAGUGUAUUUGAAGUUUAAAAAGGCUUCUGAAAUUUGAAAUUUCCACUUUGUUGAUUUUCCCUUAUGAAAAAUGUAUCAAUCCCUACACUAAUGUCCAUUAAUUAUAAUCCACAUAAUAAUUCACAUUUCGUGUUGCUGCAGGAUUAUUUUCCUGCUUUACCAAUUCUGGCUCAAAUUAAGAUCCUACAUCUGUGAUAAUGUUGUAUUUAAGAUUUGGAUCUUUAUAAACUUAUUCCUCAUUGUUUUUCAGUCAUCCCAGGUAUAUUGCAAAGUCAAAUGAUUACCCAUUGAAUAUUGUAUUGUGAAUAUAUUAAUAUAUUGCCUUUUAAAGUAUUUUUUCUUGAUACAGUUCGGAUGUAAUGUCAAUGUGUUGCCUGUAACUAUAAAGCAACGGCACAAUGUGAUUAAAACGCAACUAUAGCCUCUGAUUGUUUAGGCGAACAUGUACAGGGCAGAUAUGGGUGAUCUUUAGAAAAUACAAUUUCAUAGACAGUCCGAUUGAAAACUAUUAUGUUUGAUGAUGUGUCAGUCUAUUAUUCUGGUUAAUUUCUUCAAUGAUAUUAUAUUGUACAACAUC